UCCAUGAUAGGUAUGAUAGGCCCAACCUCUCAACAUUUUGUGGCUGAAACGAAUCGGAGGUUCGAAAGCGGACGCUCUUUUUCAAGGUGUGUGCUGUUUUGAGUAGAAUUCUCUGAAACAUUGCCUCUCCAAGGCUCACAAAUUGCAGAAGCAGCAUAAGUUUGUGCUGGAGCUUCUGACGGCAAAUGGCUUCGAUAACUUGUAACCUGCCGCCAGCAUUACUGGUCCAUGGUGGAAAACCUUUUUCAGGGAACUUCAAAAGGUCCCCUAUUUCUCUUGUAACAGGGAGACAGAAUCAUGCUGCUAGUGUGUUUACUGUGAAGGCUACUGGGGAAAGUUCUGAAUCUUCAACCUCCCUUACUGUGUUUAAGUCUGUUCAGAAUGUCUGGGAUAAGCCUGAGGAUCGGGUGGGACUAAUUGGUUUGGGAUUUACAGCUGUGGUGGCACUUUGGGCAUCAGUAAAUCUGAUUACGGCCAUUGAUAAAUUGCCAGUUAUCCCAGGUGCACUGGAAUUAAUUGGAAUACUGUUCAGCUCAUGGUUCAUUUACCGCUAUCUCUUGUUCAAGCCUGAUAGGCAGGAGCUGUUUCAAAUCUUGAACAAGUCAAUUUCAGAUAUCUUGGGUUAGUGAAUUCUGCUGCCAAGGUUAUGCGAGAGUGUGAUUUUAUGGAGAUUCUUAAAGGUCCAAGUAACUUCUUUUUCUUGGAGAGGAUUGGAAGACAGAAGAGCUGAGGGUUUUGUUGCAGGGCUUAAAUGACUGUGCAAAGAAAAAAAUGUACUUGGUUUAAUGCCAUUAUUACAUGAAAGAAUAAAAAGUGUGCAUUCAUUGUC